AAAAUCAAUGGCGUCACCGUCAAGUCAAGAGCCCAGCCCGCUGUUUGCUGUUUGUGAUAUUCAGCGUUAUUUCUUGUGUCUAAAACAAAAAUAAAAGAUUAUAUUGCAAGCGACAAAAUAAUUGAGACCAUUGUGUGCGGGCUAUGCACCAUAGAUUGGGUUUAAAAGAAAAAUAUUGAAGCUUGAACAAUGCAGACCAUUAAAUGUGUAGUUGUGGGCGAUGGAGCUGUGGGCAAGACCUGUCUGCUUAUCAGUUAUACCACCAACAAAUUCCCUUCCGAAUAUGUUCCUACAGUCUUCGACAACUAUGCCGUCACUGUCAUGAUUGGCGGGGAACCAUACACCUUGGGUCUAUUUGACACGGCUGGUCAGGAGGAUUAUGAUAGACUCAGACCUCUGAGCUACCCACAGACGGACGUCUUCCUCGUUUGCUUCAGUGUUGUGAGUCCAAGUUCAUUCGAAAAUGUCAAAGAAAAGUGGGUGCCGGAGAUCACUCACCAUCAACAGAAGACUCCGUUCCUGCUUGUGGGCACACAGAUUGACCUUCGGGAUGAUCCAGCCACCAUGGAGAAGCUCGCUAAGAUCAAGCAGAAGCCCGUCUCUCUUGAGCAGGGAGAAAAACUAGCCAAGGAGCUCAAGGCUGUCAAAUAUGUUGAGUGCUCUGCUUUAACGCAGAAGGGACUGAAGAACGUCUUCGAUGAGGCUAUCCUGGCGGCGCUGGAGCCUCCGGAACCCGUCAAGCGGAGGAAAUGCGCCCUGCUGUAAACAAGAUACACCACACACCUCUGUACUAUUCAUGUUGUUUAACCCAUGCCUGACAAGUUCAUAGCGAUAAUGUCUGGAGCCUGUUAUUACCGUUAGCCAUUGAAUGUUAGCUCACUAGCUUAAUAGCAAAGCGAAAUAACAAAUACAGUGAAAUUAUUUCUUGCUCACGUUCGGUGGCUGACUGUCAGGUGUCAAGCAGCCUAACGUUGCGCGCCAACUGCAACUCCUCGCUGCAACAUCGCGCGCCAGAUUGUCUGGUGUGUGGCUUAAAUGUUAUGUAAUGCCAUAGAAAACAUGAAUACUGCAGCGGCUUGGCUCGUGCGGCGCGCUGAGCGUUUUCCUGUCUAUUUUCUAUCGAUAUAACAAUGGGAUUUUAUACGAUGUCACUUGUAGAUUUUUAAUUCGUAACGACUUUAUCAUCUGUACCUUCUACUCGCUGUCAUCGAUAUAGGCUGCGGAGAUAACGGCUUUUAUUAACCAUCGUAUCGUACUGAGAUGGUUAAAUACGCUUUUAACUAGACCUACUGUGUAUUCUUUUAAAUCUUAUUUAUUAAUAUAAUUUUACAAUUUUGUAUUUUUUCUUUAUUUGGAGGCGUGUCGUCGGUGGGCGGAGUUUAUUAAUUCGUACUCGCGCGUAGAGUGCGCGUAUCGGCGACUCGUCGCGGUCGCGGUCGCCGGCGACUCGUCGCCUCGUGCGGCCGAGUGAACAGGAGCGGCGUCACAAGUAACUAACGCGCUUAUUUAUUUGCACGUCUAUCCGAUUGAAUCGUAAACAUACAAUGGAAUGUAUAAAUUAUUCGCGAGCUGUCACAUCGCUCACCGUUUUGAUGUAAACGCCUGACGCCCUCCACCUCGGCAAUCACAAUAUUUUAUAUUAAUAUAGUCUGUAUUUUACCACCAAAUUUGAUGUUUAUAUUUUACUAUAAUAUGUUGGCUCGUGUGCAGAGUAUACUAUGAGAAUUCAAUUACAAGAAUUUAAUAUAUAAGAUGGAUUUUAAAUGUCGUGCGGCGGGGGCGGCCCUUACGACGACUCUGCAUUUAUUCUGCGCUGUAUUACAUUACCCGUUAAAAUAUAAUAAUUAUUGUCGUUGUUUUACCGUCACGCGAUUUUACACUUUGUAAACAAUUUUUCAACAAAGCUACUGAUAGUGGGGAAGUGUUUGGCGAUUUAGAGUCGUUCACAACGCCGAGUUUUCCGGUGAUCGUGCACCGCAGCCCCCGCCGCACCGCGACUAUGUAUCGUAUUAUAUGUUAAGUAUUAAUAAUAAUUUGAUAAUCAUUUAAUUAAUGUGCGUGUAUUAUUUUACGAUUCGACAUUUAUUAUUUGUCAUUAAGUAGUUUUAGGUGUAUAUUAAAAAAUAAAUAUAAGAUUUUUAUUA